UUUCAGAUGAAUUAUAUUGUUUAUCUGUACUGUGACAGUGAAGCUCUAGAAUUAAAAAAUUGUGACAUAAUAAUGCCAGAGAAGCUAAAAACUUGGUCUAUGGAUGAUUGGAGAUCUCGUGGUCAAACAUUAACGGAUGACGAUCUUCAAAUAAAGGCAAUACAUAAGGAUUGUGUAAAUGCGGCAUGCAUAUUACAGGUUUUAGUUGGAAUUGAUACAAAAUCACUUGUUCAAAAAAUGCAAAACUUUGUAUUGAAAAAAAAAUUUACCCCUAAAAAUGGACUCCUCAAACUUAUUGAUCGUGUGGGUCAAAACAAAAGGCAGAGCAUUCCACCUUUGAAUCAUAUUCUUACUGCAGAAUCAGAAGUAGAAAUUGAUUUUAAUACAACAAAAAAAAAAACAAAAGAAAACUCCUUUAAGUCAACAAAACAGAAAGAGAAAAAAAAAUGUAUCUUUGAACAACCUCCUUUACCAUCAUUACCAUUGUGGGAGCCACCAAAGCUUCCUGAUUCCGAUUCAGCAUACAUUUUAAAAUUUUGUCCCAUUCGUAAAAAUAAUAAUUUUUUUUGUUUCAUUUUUAUGGUUUAUUUGCUUUUUUAGUUACCAUUUUUAAAUUAAAAAAAAAGAAAAAAGUAUAAUAUAAUCAGAAUAUUGUGAAUGUAUUUAUAAUCAUUGUUAAUCUUUUUUAGAACUUUUUGUCCGUCUCUGCCUCAAUGGAUCAAGUAGAUGACUCGCCAGUUACAAAGAUUGUUUUUCCAUCAGAAAUGCAGUCUGUUUCACAAGUUCAACCGUUACUGCAUUCAUCUUCUUCCUUUUCUUUACCAUCUCAAAAAACUGGGAUAGACCAAAUAAAUAACUUUAUUCGGAAAGCAAAUGUUGAACCCAAUACUGUUGAAGGCAUUCAAUUUAUAAUGAACUCCGUGUACAGAAAACUAUGUGGGUUGGAAA